AUGACGUCAUAACGAGAUCACGCAGUAUUCCAUGAUGCUGUCGGAGGACGGAUAAGCGCCGCCUCCGCCAUUUCUCCUCCCUCCCUUCCCCCCCGCCCCCGCAUAAAAUGGGGCCUUGGCUUGGGGGCGCCGCCCUGUGGUUAAUCUGGGACAGUUUCACGUACGCGAGGAGCGAUGUGGCGCCCUUCGACCGGAAUUGUGGCAGAAUACCAUUAAUGAAUAUGAUGUCAGGAUCUCGAAUCGUAGGUGGUCAGAAGGCUGAGCUUGGAGGGUGGCCAUGGAUGGUAAGCCUUCAGGUUAUGAUUUUUCCUAAAUAUACACAUUUAUGUGGGGGAUCUUUAAUAAGUGAAAACUGGAUCCUCACAGCUGCACACUGCCUUAAAGAAUACAGUGGGCCAAAAAAUUGGAGAGCUGUAAUUGGAAUUAACAAUCUUUCAAAACAACAUCAGAACACUAAGAAAAUACAAAUUAAAACAAUUAUUAUCCAUCCAGAGUUCAACCCGGAUACAUAUGCAAAUGAUAUUGCACUUUUUUAUUUAACAAGUGUGGUGAGUUAUAGUGACUAUAUUCAACCUAUCUGCCUACCAUUUUUUAAAGAGUUGUUAAGCUGGAAUGCCAGCACAAGGUGCUUCGUAAGUGGCUGGGGCAAAACAUCAGAAGAAGGUGAUGCUUCAAAUAAUUUACUAGAAGCUGAACUACAUUACAUUCCCUGGGAGGCCUGUAAUAGUGAAGAAAGUUAUGGAGGACGAGUUGCCGUGACUUCAUUUUGUGCAGGUGAAGAAGAUGGAGUUGCUGAUACUUGCAUGUCUGAUUCCUGAAUCUGCAGUCCCUGUACAGAUGUCCAAUUCGAUCACAAAGGAAACAGCACCUAGGACCUGAUCUCCUCUCAUUAGGCUUAUAAUUGUUAUUAUUAUACCUUGGCUGUACAGAUCUCAAUGCAGCCACAGCUUUUAUUUCUUUAAUUUUACUCUCUUUAGCCUUCAUUUCAACUUCCUUUAAUUUCCUUUUCAAGUCCUCAACAAUGGUAUCUCUCAUCAUUUUUAUCUUCUGAGUCAUUUGUCAAAUAUGUGACUUUUCUCCUUAUUUCCCCAGUUGGGGUAAUUUGUUUUUAAAAAAUUGUCUGAUCUUUGGGACUGCAUUCUUUACAAAGAUCCUUUUAAUGUUUGCAAUUGUGUUUUCUUCCAGUGUAUCCAUCCCUAAUAAAGUUUCAACUGCCUUGGUUAUCCUUGCUAGGAAAACCACAGGAGCUUCAGAGAUCUUCUGCUUUAUAGCCUCAAAUUUUGACCAUGAAUUGGGCCUUUUAGUAUAUCUCCCCAUUACCUCUAGGAUUGCAUUUCUUGCUUCUAUCAACACAUCAUAUACCCCCUCAUCUGUUGUAUCCAACUUUAAGCCCUCUGGCCAAAAUUGUAAUAAAGGAUCUGUUCUUGUCUCCUGUAUAAAUUUGGUUCUCUCUCUCUUUGUCAAGACAUCUUUCAUUAAUAGGGCAAAAUCAUUGAAAUCAUGAUCGUAUAAAUCAAUUGCCCUACGCAUCUCUUUAAUUACUUUAUUUAGUUCGUCAUUGAAAUUUGGGGUCCUCCUUUUGGUCCUCCAGGGAAAAUCUCUUAUGCAUCUUAACUUUAUGUACCUCAUUUUGCUUAACCACAGGCAUAUCUCUAAGUGGGCAUAAUUUUACUAUUCCUGCUGCUUCCUCUUGUUCUAGCCUAGUUAGGUUUUUCCCUUUAUUGUAUAAUUUGUUAUUGUCAUGUGCACAGCCUUGGUUCAUAUUCAUAUUGUUUAUAAAUAGCGCCAGUGUAUCCAUUUGAUUUUUCAUUUGUAUAACGAUCAGCUUUAAGUCAGAAUCUCUUCUAACCCAGGCUAUUAGAUCUUUAAGAUGCUUUACACAAAGGCGCACAGAGGCACGAGACUUGUAUACAAUACAUCCACAGAUCACAGCAAGAGGUACAUAUGCCAUAAUAUCACACAGUUUUAGAUCCAUCAAUGGCUUCAUACAAUCCAUACUAAAAACAUAAUGGGAGUAACUAGGGAAUGUCACAAAUACAAAAUAUGAACUAUACAUAAUAUAGUUGAAAAACAUCAUUAACAUGUUGCUAAACAUGUCUACUGACAUGUCAGCUUCUAUUGUAAAAUUAUUAUAAAGAACAAUAUUAUUACACCGUAACUUGUACAUACAACAAAGAAAACAAACAAUAAAUACAUUUCAAAUUUUAAAAACAGUUUUUUCUCAAUAUGGCUGCUCCACGAUGACUGCUGGGGGUUUGUGGUGCAGCCUCAGUAACCCCCUUUUAGCAAGCUAAGCCCUUAGAAUUCUUUGUGGCUUACCCCCUAAGCUCCCAGCCACCUAAAUACAGAGUAGACUGUUGACUUAUACUUCAGUGAAAUCACUUAACUUUAGGUUUUUUUUUUUUAACUAAAGACCUGAUGGAAAGUUUUUCCAUAAUUCAGUCAUAUUUUGUAGUCCCCUAGUUCCAAGGCAGAUUGAAGGUGGCUCCUGUUUUGGAUGUUAGAAUUGAACGUAAUUAGACAUGAAUGUUUCAAGGCUCAGGGGAAAUUGAAAAUAUAUAAUUUAUUAGUCAUAAUAUUGAUAGAAAAAUUAUGUACAACCAUGUGGCUCUCCAAUUUCUGUUCUGUGAGAGAAGACAUUCUCACUGCUAAUUGAUUUUACUUUUAUUGUUCUAUUGCUUAAAGGCUGCUGAAAUAACCAUUUUUGUUUUGUUCCUGUUUAUGCUUGU